UGAGUUGGGGUUACAUACCGCUUUUGCAUGGUUAUAUCUCCCCCGCGGAGGAAGUAUGGCUAACAAUCAGUAUUUCUCUUUAGCGACUCGAACCCAUACGCAACAGGCGCAAUGAACAACCCCUACACAGAAGACACGCUCCUCUCUCCCCACCCCGGCGGUCCAGCCGGCAACCUCAACGACCUCCUCGACCUCGACAUCGGCGGGUAUGAAGACACCGGCGUCGACGUCGGCGGGGCGUUCGGAGACGUCAGCGCGGAUUCGAGUGGGUUGGCGGGGAUGGCGUUUGGCGGGCUUGGGGGUGGGGUAGCGACGCAACAGAGUGGUGAUUAUUUGGGGGGUGGGGCCCAGCAGGGGUAUGGACAGCAACAGGGCUAUGGGCAGCAACAGGGGUAUGGGCAGCAACAGCAGCAGUAUGGUCAACAACAGCAGUAUGGACAGCAAUCGUAUGGGCAGGGUGGUGGGAUGGGAUACGAUGCACUUGGUGGACUGGGUGGACUUUUGGACGGCGGUAACAACGCGCCGUCUGCAUACGCCAAUGUGGCGAGCAGCGCAAACAACCCCUUCGCAGCAUCGUUACCGCCCUCUUCAUCCUUCGGCAACAUGAACUCCCUGUUGGGGCCCCAACCGCAGCAGUCUCAACCCCAGCCUACACCUGCACCCCAAUCAUCCUCGGCCAUCGCAUCCAACCCUCUCGCCACACUGGACCCGUUCGCCAAAACAGCUUCCAACACCGGCAGCGGUGGAUUGUCUACCACAUCCACGACACAACAACAGCAACAACAACGACAACAAGCGGCACCCGCACCCGCAGCCCAGCCACAUUCCUCUACCCUCCCAUCCCUCACCAAGGGCCUCUCAGGCCUCAACCUCGCCGGCCCCACCGGCGACCUCGCCUCGCUGUCUCUAUCCCUGCACGCGAACUAUGUCGCGCCGAAAGUGCAGCUGUUGAAUGCGGCGGCGGGGAAGGGGUUGGAGAUUUUGGGGACUUUCUCGAGACGACAGGGCGUUCCGUACUUGGAUAUGACGUUGACGAAUAAGGCGUUGCAGCCGUUGACAGUUUCAGGGAUGCUGUUCAACAAAAACAGCUUCAGCCUAGUCCCCGGCACCCUCGACAUCCGCUCACCCCUCUUCCCCAACGCCUCCAUCGAAACCAGCCUCCCCAUGCGCAUCGAAGGGCUUCCACAGCCCUCUGAUCCCAUCAACAACCUCCAAGUAGCAGUAAAAACCUCAGUAGCAAUAGUCUACUUCCAAGCCUCCAUCCCCCUCCACAUCCUCUUCACUGAGUCCGGCGCGCUGGACCAGCAGACGUGGUUGAGGAUCUGGAAGGAGGUGGGCGAUGGCGGGGAGACGAGACGGGUCGUGGGUGGGGUGCGGGCGGAGGGGGGCGUGGAGGGGGUUAAGGGACGGUUGGCGGGGAGUGGGGUUUUCGGAGUUGCUGUGAGGGUAUUGGAUGGGGUGGUGAGUUGAGUUGUGUUUUUUUGUAUCGGGCGUGGAGGUGGUCUCGAUCUUUUGGUAACGGAAAGGAAAAAGGG